UUUGCCUUCUUUUAAUCAGUAUUUAGUGCCAAAACAGUGUUGUGCGUUUUUCAAUUGCAGGAAGCUAUACCGCUUGACGUUCUUGCGUUGGAAUUUGGUGCUUCAAGAACGCCAAGCCGACAGGUUUCUGCAUCAUGAAAUUACAGCAUUGCAAACGAGGUUAUCCCACACUCCCUGUCGGGUUGGGAGUUUGAUACGGCCGGAACCAAUAUCCGCCAACGUCUUCGAUAGUUCCCGAGUGUUUCGAUAGCAUCAUCGUACCAGUUGUUGUGUAGUAUUACUUAUUAAACCGAGGGAGGCAGGACCAGGGGAAACACGUGAUUUGCAUAUUGCACGGUAAAAGCAAAAUGGACGCCAGCGGAAGUGCACUUUCUGGGAGUGAAACGGAUGUGCCGGGAAACAUCCGGCGUUUGAACAUAGCGUCCGGGUGUCCAAUGGCAAAGCGUAGAAAAAUGGACUGUGAAGCGUCAAGCAGGAAAGGAAGUGAUUCCGAUGACGAAAACUCAACCGAUGGCAACCCUAAAGAGACCGGUGCUGUAGAUAAUCUGCGAGAGUUUGACGUAUUGGAUGAGGUGCAGGGUGAUAACUCGGAAGACGACUACGAAACGGGUGGAGGUGAAGCAGACGAUGGCAGCUCAGAAGGAUCGGACGUCAAUUACGACGAUAUCGAAUCAAUGCUCGACGAAGGACUACCGGAAGAGCUAAGGAACGCCGCCAAGAAGCAACCCUACGAAGAACGCUUCAAACAGGUGCUGGAAGAGAAGGGCCGUAAUCAUUUCGAAGUUCUUCCGGAAGGAUGGGUACAAGCAACGCACACGAGCGGAAUGCCUCUGUAUCUGCACAAAGCGUCACGCGUUUGUACCGCCUCCAGGCCAUACUUCCUCGGACCGGGCAGUGUGAGAAAACAUGAAAUACCGCUAAGUGCGAUUCCCUGUCUCAAUUAUCGCAAAGCACUUGAAAAGGAAGAUGAACUGAAGAAGGAACUUGCGGAAGCAUCCGCGGCACAAGCGUCCGCUCCGAAUGGGUCCGAAAAUGGUGACGUGCCGAGCGAAACUGCCAACGAAGGUGAAUUUACCAAAGAAACAACAGAACCGACACCAGAACGUCAGCUACACAAUGCUCAGCUGAGCAAAAUGAUUGCCGGUGCGACGACCACCGCUGAAGCACAGGCCAAUGCUAAAUUGCUCCCACUGAAGGUGAGCGCCAAAAUUGAAACGGUUACGGAAAAUCUUAAAGCACAAUCGCUCACCCCUGACGCUGUGAUGGAUUACUGCAAAAAGCUGUUCCGCUUCAAAACGAUAAGGGUGUUGCGGUUUAAGUCGUGGGCAGCACGCAGAAAGUUUACCAAACAUAGAAAGCACAUAAAGAACUUACAGCGGCCCACACUUCCGGAUGGUACGAAACUGAUCACCUUCCCCAUGUUGAACAUCGAGGAUGAACAGGGCAAUCCACAUGCACGGCCAAAGAAGGAAUGGAUAAUGAAUCCGAAUGGUAAAAGCUACGUUUGCAUUCUACAUGAAUACGUCCAGCACGCGCUGCGCAAACAACCGACGUACGAAUUUAAGGAGCUAGAAAAUGCUGCCACGCCCUAUUCGGCAACCGUUACGAUAAACGAUCUAAAGUACGGCACGGGCUACGGGACGAGUAAAAAGCAAGCGAAAAGUGAAGCUGCGCGAGAAACGCUCGAAAUUCUCAUCCCGGACAUGAAGGACAAAAUAACGAGCAAAGAAUCGAAGAGCACCAGCAACGGCGGUGGCUCUCAACAGCAAUCUUCCGAUCUGCGUGAAAUUUCCGUCUUCGAUGAAAUCAAAAUCGAGGAUCCACGUGUGGCAGAAUUUUGCGCCAAAACCACGGAACCUUCACCGCAUGCCAUUCUGUUGACCUGCUUGCAGCGUAACUUCGGUCUCGGGGAAGUGCACAUUAACUACGAGGUAAACACGAUGAAGCACCGUAAGAACGAGUUCACCAUGACGGUGGGCAAACACGUGGCGACGGUUAUUUGUAAGAAUAAACGCGACGGCAAACAGCGUGCCUCACAAGCGAUUCUGCAGAUACUGCAUCCACACAUUAAGACAUGGGGUUCACUGUUGCGGCUCUAUGGCAACCGAUCGGUAAAGUCGUACAAGGAGAAAAAGCAGGAGGAGCAAGAGAUUACCGUGCUGCAGAGUAAGGCCGCCAUUAAUCAACCGAACUAUGCGAUCCUGGAGAAGCUGAAGCAGGAAAUGUCGAAGCUGGAGGAACGCCAGCGCAAUGUGCGUGUGAUCGGAAAGUUUGUGCCACCAUCGGAUGUCGAUCUACCGACCGGUGCUGGUGCUACGCUGAAGAACGUUGAUCUAUAGGCAAGGUGGUAUUUGUACUUUUAUUUUGGGUGAAAAUCGUCCUUACACAACUCGACUGUUUGCAAUUCAACUUACCGUUAGAGAAGCUAAUAUUGCGAAAAGAAGAUAUCGCACAGAAUUGAGCAGCAGACUAUCGGACAUAAUCGAGUCACAGAGACAGAAUACUGAUGCGUGGUUGUAGAAUCUUACAAGCAGAGGAAAACUCUCAUUAAUUGAACCAUAGUAAUCAUAACUAAUCCUACUAUCUUCAUCAUUAGCCGUGCAUAUAAUUAUGUAAAGUUCCACUAGUUUAAUUUUCACUUGUAGUACUAUCACAAUAGCCAAUCAAGAAUGAUCGUGUAAGUGUGGACAAGCAUUCAAAACGACAACUGUACAUAGUCGCUGUAAUUGUAAUGAAAUCUGUAAUGUGCGUUUAAGCAUGUUCCUGUUCGGUGUUUGAUAUGCCAUUAAAGUAAGCCAUAGGGAAGAAAGUACUUCUACUGUAAGGUCUUGGAGACACUUCAUCGACUAUUCAUCGAUUACGAUAGGAUGCCAGCAGAUAUCUGAAGCUGAAUAUCACUUAUGUGUACUUCUCUCACAUGAGAAUGCGAUUGUGUUUUCAUCAUGAGCUAGAAGAACUUCCUCUAUUGUCAAAAUGAACCAAAAAAUAGGGUGUGAUGUUGCUCGAAAGGAGUUUUGAACAAAACAAACAGAGUUUACCAUUGCUCGUCCCGUAAAAGUAAAAGGACAAAUUCAAAUUAAAAAUUCUAAAUGAGAGCUAAUGAGAACAGAUAAUUGAGAAAUUACAAGUGUUAGGAAAUAGCAACAGUAAGUGUGAUGAGUUUGUCUUGUGAUAGACCGUGCAGAAUAUAGAAUGGUGAAUUGUAAUGGAUAAGAAAACGAUUAACUAAAAUUAAACACAGCUACAUGUGACGGAGUUUACAAUAGAGAUGAUUUUCGGUAAAAUAUAAGAUGAGACAAUAUCAUAUUGAAA